GAGUUUUUCAACAAUAACUCUCCCAGAAGCCUGGAGGAAGUCAGAUUACACAGCGUACGAUUUAACAAUAACAUGCUUUGUUCAGGUUACUUCUCUUUUCCCACCUACUGUUUAUUUUAUGAAACACUACUUAAGUAAAUGAAGAUGAUCAUUAUUUAGUUUCUUCAGCGUUAUUCUUAUGUUUGCAUCAUACCUAUAGCACAAGAUCUUGUGAUUUACAGAAAUGUAACAUCUUCUUACGAUCAUUUACCGUCUGUUGAUGGAUGUGCUUUGCUCCUACGUCAUCCUUAUCCCAGCCAAUAAGCGGGUGUCUGGCGAAUGCUGAUCCUUUCCCUCACCACCUGUUGCCUCUUAGUGGGCCAGGUUAUCUGCAGAGGCAUGAUCAGAUAAGACUUAACAUGGACAAUUUGUUGAAAGUCAAAACGGGAACCAUCAGAUAAUGCAUUUUCUAAUGACCAGAGUGUUUUUGUUCUGACAGGAGUUCAACUGCUUCCGACGCCUGCGUCUGCACCAGCUUUUGCUUGCGAGUUAAUCCCUUCUUUGUCUCGGCAAGAUGUCUCUGAGAACUCUCCCUCUGGUUUUCAUUAAUCUGGGUGGAGAGAUGCUUUACAUACUGGACCAACGCUUACAAGCUCUCAACACGUCUGAGGACAAUUCAGAGAAAGGAAUCUGGUCAGAAAAUGACAGAAAAAGAGUCAUGACGGACAUUGUUGGGGCCAUGUUUAGUAAGGACUUCAUGGAUGAACUUCUCAAACCCCAGCAGCUGUAUUCUCACAGGACACUGAAAACCGUGCUAACUCGGUUAGCACACACCUCCAUCAUGAGGUUGAGCCAGGCCAGCAUGGACAAACUUUACGAGCUAAUGGUCAUGGCGUUCAAGUAUCAGGUCUUCCUUUGUCCACGGCCUAAAGACUUGCUGCUCGUCACAUACAACCACAUAGAUACCAUCAGAGAAUUUGUCCAACACACUCCAGUGGUUGUGAACCAAGUGGACGAGACACACAGGAAGGUCAUUGAGGUGUACUCAUCUUUGCCAGAGGGGGAAUUCCAGCUUCUCAGACAAACCCUGCUCAUAUUUUUACAAGACUUGCAUGUUCGCGUGUCACUUUUCCUCAAAAACAAAGUCCAGAAUCCCAACGGACGUUUUGCCUUGUUGUCAUCUGGCCCAGUGCCUCCAGGGAUCGAUGUUCCAGGGCUUAUCAGGAUGUUUGACAGAAAGGGCAGAGAAGUGCGACGUGGCGAGUUCCCCACAGGAGGAAGUUACACCAGCCCCAUCAGAGAAGGGUGUUUUGAACUGCAUGGAGACAGAGUCAUCAGACUGGGCAUGAACAUAUACAGCCGGAACCAUCCAGAGGAGACGUACAUAUCCAAGCCUCCUUCUGUCAAGAAAGAUGACGCUCCCAACCUGCUGGCCAAGGAGGAGCUCAAUCUGCUGGCUCGUCUGAUGGGCAGCAUGAAGGCAGAGGACAUGGCCGAAACUGAAACUGGCUUCCGGAUCAACCUAUUUAUGACUGACGGAGAGGAGGGGGGCACGGGAACUUCAGGAGGAGCUGAGCAGUCCUCGUUUGAAGUGAUAAAUAUUCAAGCAAUCCAGGAUGAACAGGCUGCGACCCAACUGGCCCGAAUCGCCGGACAGUUUACCGAAGGAGACAAGCUGCCUGAAAGUCUCAGCACCAACAAAGGAGCCGACCUGUUGGCCUUGAUGGACGACCUUUGACCUAGCUGUCUCACUUCAAAACCCUUCAUCACUUUUAUAUUUUAUUUUAGUACCAACACUUACACUACUAGUGAAUGCAGUGAAUAUUGUAAGACUGCAUGCUUUUUAUAAAAUUCAUUUUUUUGUG